AUGAACCCUGAUUUGGGAACACCCCUCAAGUUCACACAAGGAAUAGAAAAUGUGACCAUCCAAAUGGAAAAACCUGACCUUGCAGUCAGCAAAAUAAAAAAUCAUAUAAAGAGGUAUCUCGAAUUAGAUAAAAAAUUUUACGAACUGUUCGUAAGGGUGGUGGAAAUCUCAGAAAAUCUGCUCAACAAUUUUAAGGGAACUUUUAAGGAAGUCAAAAAAGAUGUAACCAAUUAUUUAUUGAAUGACGAGGAAUUUUUAAAAAAAAAAAAGGACGAAAACUGUCUAAAGAAAAAACUAAUUGCUAUGGAGGAGCUGAUAAGGGAGUUGUCCACAGUGGUGCUGCACGUUGGCCAGAAUUGCAAAGAGUUGAGGGAGUUGUUUUUGUGUCUAUACAUGCUAGUAUUUGAGUCUCCCUCUGAUGAGGUGCCUGUGGGGGGGUCCCUCAGUGCUGACAUGGUUAGCCGCUCAAAUGGCAUGACAGAGCCGCCCACAGUUGGAAGUCUACUGUCGCAGAACAAAAUAAGUGAACACGAGUUUGAGGUGGCCCGAACAAAGGCCACAUUCGUAUCUGAUUUUUACAGCAGCGGGGAGAUUAACAAAAUGGUAAGAAGGUGCCUCAUGUUGUCUUCCCAACCCACGGUGUCUUCUCACCACUUAACAGAACAAAUAAAAAAUUUUUUUUUAUUGACAGCUGUAAUAUUUUACCUGGAGAAGGACAUAAAAGUGAGAAUUAAAAUUUGUAAUUUAAUCUCAAGUGAAAUGCAUAUAAAAAUUUUGAAUAUAAAAAAAUGUUCCUUGAUACUUAUGCAUAAUCCGUAUUUAAAUAAAAUAAAGCGGCUAUUAAAUAUGUUUUAA